AUGCACGCUUUCCAACCGUCUCAAGAACUGCGGGUGGCCUCCUGCGGAAGGUCAGUGGUGCGGAGUAAAGUCAGGUGUCUAGGAACGGUUAACCGGGGCACCACUGCAGCAGCAGCAGCAGCAGCAGCCAUGGCGCUGCCGCUGCAGCCUGCCUGGCGGGAAACAACUAAGCGCCGACUGCCUUCCAUACAUGGCGGUUCUGCUCCUGAGGAUGUGGGGGUCCCCUGCUCAUCCCCGCCGAAGAUAAAGGCACGCCGCCUGGAGGGUGUGUCUGGGGGCCUUCUCUGGCCUUCUAAACAAGCAGCAGCAGCAACAACGGCCGCAGCAGCAGGAGCACUUUCUCGCACCGGUCAUCUUCGUGGGAGGAGCCCUUUGGCAUCUCCGUUGAAGCGGCGGCUGCAAACCUCCGUGGACGAUGACAGCAGGGCUGCUCCCACCGGAGCUGUCCGUGCUGCUGGGGAUGCAGCAUCGGCAGCAGCACCUGCAGUCGACCUCACCGCAAACAGCAAAAUGCUGCAGUCCCCAGUGCGCCUUCACUUCCCCCUCACAAGCAGCGGAGCCCCACGUGUAGCACCAGAGCUGCCAGUCUUUCCCUCUGCUGCCUCUGGCUGCGUUGCUGCUGCUCCAUCUGGAGGAUCAACGUCUUUGCCUGCAGCAACUCCUCAGAUGCGGGGCUCUCAACAAGCGGGGAUGCCGAACCCUCAAGCGCCGUCUCAAGCUAAAGGCGGAACUGUGGGUGCCUUGUCCCUCGAUGCUCGGUCUUUUCUUACCACUGCAGCAGCAGCUGCUGCUGCUGCUAGUGCUGCUCCUGGAAGCCCCCAGGGAGCUGAAUCUGCAGCAUGUAGACGGCAGCAGCAGCGGCCUUCUUUCCUUGAUGACCCUGCUUCUCCAUUCAGUACGAGCCGACGACGCAGGCCUCCCCCAGCUGCGGCGGCAGCAGCAGCAGCAAGCGAAGCAGUGGCUGCAGCAGCAGCGACCCCCUCGCCAACUCGACGGGCCCCCACUGCUUCCGGUAGAGGAGACCUUGCAAAGGGUGCUGACGAGUUCAUGGACCAGAAGGUCUCUCCUGUCAGCAGCAGAAGGCGCGCCUCCCCUUAUCACAACAACAGCACCAGCAGUAGCAGAGGGGAAGCAUCACUUGAGGGCGAAGCAGUAUCCCCCUUUCGCCUCACACCGCCAAGGAAGAAGCCCCAGUUUUCGUUUGAUGCGGUGCGGAGCGAUACCCAACCUCAGUCGCUGCAGCAACAGCAACAAGAGCAGCAAGAGCAGCAGCAACAAGCUGCAGCAUGCUGUGAGUUGAGUCUAACACCACAGGAGAUCCUCUCGAUGCAGCAGCUGUUUUCGGAACAGCAGCAACGCAAUGAGACCUUUUGUUGCAGUUCACUAGAUACCUGCGCUGCAGAAGAAGCCCCCGUUGCCGCUGUCCGGUUGAACAGGCAACUGGAACGCCUAUGCCGUCUCUACGGGCUGCUUCGGAUCCUUUUUGAUCGUCUUCACGACCGUGGGGAGCCUCUGCUGCUCUUUUCUAGUAUUCUGCCGGCUUACACAAAACUUGCCCUUACUCAUCACGCUCGUAGCGCCUCUGAGCCUCCCGUGUGCCCAGAAAGCAGCACCAACAGCAUCAACGGCGACAGCAGCAACAGCUCCAGCAACAGCAGCACUGGCGAGACAGGCGGCGUCAUAAGCGGCAGCAGCAAAAUAAGAAAUGAUUUGAUAAAGGAUGUGGGGCGGCUGGUGUGGCUAUUGCCGCAGCUGCUGCAGUGGAAGGCCCGGAGAAUGGGCAACGCCACACAAAACGCAGCAGCAACAGCAUCAACUUCAGCAAGCUUGAGCCCGAUGAGGAAGCAGCAGCAGCAGUACGAUAUACAAAUCGUGGAGCUAAAAAAUGGGGUGCCGCUGGCUUGCCGCGCAAGCGACGGGGAGCAGCGACAGCAGCAGCUGCGGCGGCGUCUCAUUUCCUAUACGCUGCAGUGGCAGAAUUUCUGUCUACAGCUGCAGCAGCAGCAGCAACAGAAACAUAACCAAGUUCCGCUGCUGCGGCUCAGCAGGCAACUUAUGAUACAGCACGGAAGUUGGCUUCCCGGAUUCAAGUUGGAGACCGUUCCAUCUCCGCCGGCUGCUGCGCCUCCCGAGCUGCAACGACCGCAACAGCAAGAGUUGCUGCCGCAGCAACCGCCAUCAGCAUUUAAGGGUGACUCGUUGAUUGGCCACAUUGGUGGAAGUCCUAUUCGCUGUGUGAGACAACAGCAGCAGCAGCAGCGGUAUGGGGCUGAGCCGCAGCAAGCGCAGCAACAGCGGCAAGGGCAGCAGCUGGAGACGAAGGGGAGCAGCGGGAGUUCAACGCCUGCUGCUGCUGCUGGGGGCUCUGUUGGCGGUGUCUCUUCAGUCAGCACGUGCACAUCGGAGCCCGCUGCAUCUCCAGCAGACCCUUCCUUGGGGCCCUCGCCUUCUCCAGCGUUGUUGCUGUCUCCUCUGUGUCGGGCCCGGCAGCCUACAAGGCAAUUUUCUCUCCUUUCUUCGCCUGUGGGGAGCCGCAGCCCAAGCCCCCCGCUGGAAAGGCGCUCGACCUCAAACAGCACCAGUCCUACCAGGAGUCCGGUCUCGGAACGGCUGCGCCGCAAGACGGAAGAACGGAUGGCCGCUCGCUUACAGAGAGAAGCAGCACAACAGAUUCGGAGAGACCUUUAUGAGAAAGUGCAGCAAACGAAAAACGCGCAAACUGUGCUGCAUUGUCUCCUCGAUGCAUGCGUCUACCACGACCGCCGCUCCCGGAUCGACGUGCGGGUGUUGACAGAUCUGUUUGUCUCCAAACUGCGGACUCCAUUGUCUUUGGCCACCGUGGAAAGAGCUGUUGUGCAUCUAGAAGGUCUUUGCCCUGACUCUCCGUCGGCACUGAGGAAGCUUCUCGACUCUAAGCUGAAAGAAGCAGAGGAGGCGGCUCUUGCCGCAGAUCGGAACGAGCCACCCGCGCUGCUCUGCUAG